AUGGCGACUGCCAAGCGGCGCGACGAGCGCCGGAUUUUUGAACACUUUGUUAUCGCAGGAUUAAAGAAAGAUGCCGAACACAUCAGACCGACCGCACAAGAAUGUGGGCGGAGAAACACGGAACCGCUGGCGCCGAUCACCGACAUUUGCGUCAUUUUCCCGGAUCAAGGGGAGACGGUUCCCGACGGGUUUGAGAUGAUCCACUCGACUCCUCUAGCCUACCGUGCCGAUCUGAACCACGGGUCUUUUUUGCGAGGCGCUUCAUGUUUCCUGUGUUUCCGAAGGGGCUAUCAUAAGCCGCCAUUGAUCGACAUUGGCGUGCUAGACAAAGGACGUGGGGAGAAGCCGAUGGUCGACUCGACAACCGUUUUGACCACACCAUUCGGCCGCACGGCAAACGUCAAUAAUUCCUCUAAUGGCAUCUUCCUCACCUACCGUCGGGCCCCGGCCAACAGCGCGCCCAGCCAGUUGGUCGUCACGCACAUUUCUGUGAUCAUUGCCAGCAAGGGCGAAAUCCCACCUCACACCUACUACAAGAUCCCGAAAAAUUUGAACAAGGGUUUUGUCGGCUCCGAGGUCUACAUUUGCUAUAAGAAAUCGUUGGGCUCAGCAAAGCGGUUAGCCUACAAGCCCGCCAUUCUCGAUUACUUCCCGAAAAAGGCGCCUACAGACGAUGAAGAAGACGGUGAGCGGAAUUUGCUGGAAAACGUGCCCCUGUUUUGCCUGCCUAUGGGAGCAUUAAUUGAAUGUUGGUCGAACAAAUGUCAAACUCCCGAGCGUCAAUAUUCAACGUUUGUGCUCACUGACGAGAUGAAUCAAAAAUACUACGGCGCUUCCGUGACCUUCUACGAGAAAUACACCGGGGAUUUGAGUCCGGAGCAGCGGGACAAACUCGGGGUCGAAAUUCCGGAAAACGAGGAGGUUGGCGGUGCGAUGGACGAUACGGCAUCGGCAAAUGACCCGGCUGAGCAGUUUGCCUUCCACACGAACCUGUCAAUAUGCAUCGUCUCGCGCUACCCGUUCUUCCAUCCCUUCAAGCGCUUCUUGUUUUACAUCCAUCGGAUGGCCCGCGCAAGUAAUACGAUACACUCCGUGCCCAUUGAGCGGUAUAUUUCGCAUAUGAUGUACGAAGUCUCGUUCCCCACCCUGCGAAGACCGCGUGUUUUGAUGCAGCUCGGCGCGGAAAUGGUUACAUUUGAGGCCCAGGACGAGCAGCAGCUGCCUCAGUAUGGAGCCGCUCUGUUCGAGGCGCUAAAGAGCCUCGGCGUCGAGAACACGUUGUACCUCUUUUUGCUGGCGCUGCUGGAGCAGAAGAUUUUGAUACACUCGUUGAGGCCGUGGCUUCUGACGGCGGUGGCGGAAACCGUGUGCACGCUGAUGUUCCCCUUCCAUUGGCAGUGUCCAUACGUGCCGCAGUGCCCGCUCAGCUUGGCUGGCGUCCUCCACGCUCCUCUCCCGUUCAUCGCCGGGGUCGAUUCCAGGUACUUUGACCUCUACGAAGACCCGCCCGUCGACGUCACCUGCUUCGACCUGGACACGCAGACGAUCAGCGGCAGCAAGACGCGCCACGAGAUCAAGCUCUCGAUGGUCCCGAAAAAGCCGUUGAAGAAGUUGCGCGCCUCGUUGGACGAGCUUAACAAGCUGAUUCAAAAGCAAGACUUCAACCUCAGCCAGCUGCAAAAGGGAGACUUUGUACGCACCGACGUCGAGCAGCAACUCCAGAUGAAAAAGAAGCAAAUUGAGAUUGGGAUCCAGGAGGCGUGUUUGAAGUUCAUGGCAUCGCUGAUGACGGGCUACCAAUCCUUCCUGCGCCCCAUCGUCUCCGCCCCGUCCAGCAAAUCGGCCACGGACACCGGCAACCUGUUCGAUGUCGAGGCCUUUCUGCGCACGCGUGACAAGGAGAAGCAAGAUUUCUACCGGCGCUUCUGCUCCACCCAGUCGUUCAUCCGCUUCAUCGAGGAGCGCUCAUUCGUCUCCGACAAGUCGGCCUACAACGCGUUUUUCGACGACUGCAUUCAGAAGAUGAUGUUGGCAGAUAUCUCCGGCGGCGAAAUUGGUGCCCUCCUCGAAAUGGACGCCUCUUUGACCUCGAACACCGUCUUCAUCCCGCCGCCCGAGCCGCUGCUCAACCCGGACGGCACGGAGCGCAGCUUCAAAUACACCGAAUUCCCGCGCCAACUCGACCCAACGCUGUUCCAGCUUGACAAGCUGAACAUUGAGCAGAACACCGAGCCGCUGCAAAUUCCGGUGGAAAAGGAAUUCGGGAGAUGCGCAGCCGUGCGUACGAAGCACGAAGUCCGCUCAUCGCUUCUCAUGGCUUCGAACGGGGUCAGGACCCAAAAACUAUACUGGCCCCGGAUCCUGGUCUUCUACGCGUAUUCCCUCUGGUUCAUGCAGCUGCCCUCGAUGUUGGCGCUGGCGAAGAAUAAGCGGAAAACGUUGAGGCUGGCUUUUCACGUCCUUGCCCGACUGGAGGCCACCGAGGUGAUCCCGUUGGACCAGGUGUGCUACCGGAUACUCAUCGAGCUGUGCGGACAAUGCGGAGAACCCCAUCUGGCCGUGCUGGUGCUCCACGCGAUGCGCCGCGCCGGGCUUGAGCAGAACGCUGUGACGUACGGCCUCUACCAUCGGGCGGUGAUGAACGCCGAAUGGCCGGCGGCUGGCCGAGUGAAGGCGGAUCUUUUGUGGCGUCGUUUGAGGAUGAUACUCAUCGGGAUGACACACUUCCGGAAUCGCCGCCGAUUCACCGGCGAGCGAAUGGCCGUUGACUCGGCGUCAGUAUCUGACCCGGGCUACCACAGCGAGGCAACGACAACGCCGGUCUCCGUGGCCAUCGACGAAACGCUAAGGGAGGAGGAUGAGGAAGACCGCUUGCGCACAGCCCCCUUCAUCAUCACCUCCACGCCGUUGGACGAAUCACGGAAAAUGUCGGAGAAUCGCGAGGUGAAGACACCAGAACCGAGCGAAGAGAAGGAAGUGAGAAAUCCGUUGAUGCCCCGCCAUGAGAAUGCCGACCCGCUGGGCGCCCUCCAUCCGGACCGAAAUCAGCAUCACGACCAUGAGAGACAGAAAUCUGCUCCCCCCGACGUUGGAAUGUCGCCAGCCCGUGCCAAGUUUUUGGCCGACCACACCGAGGAGCGGCUGUUCAAGGAGGAGGGCGACAAGAAGCUGGACAAGGAGAAGAAAAGCGGCUGGUUCUCCGGCAUGGGCAAGAACAUCGCCAACAGCCCGUUGAUGAAGAUGAUUCGCAGUCAGACCACCGACCAAUUGGACAAGAAGUCCAUCAAUUCGGACGGGUCGUCGGAUAACGGGACGUCGCUGGGGAAUUUCGUAGCCAGCCCCUCGCUGCAUAACAUUGUCUCGCAAGUCAAAAAGGGAUACGACGAGGUCGUGCGGGAAGGAGGGAUGUCGUCCAAGCUCCGCUCCGGCGUCUCUUCAUUCGUCCAGGAGGUCAAGGGCCUCCAGAAGUCUGCCGGGCUGCUCGGAAGUGGUCAAAUUUUCAGUGAUGAUGCGGAUUCUACAAAUUCCGGCAGCGUCGACGAGCACAACCCUGCCUAUCAACUGGACACCGGGUCCCCGGACUCGCUGCUGAAUGAGGCGUUCUGGAUGCGCGGGCUUUUCGAGGAAGAAGAGGUGCACCCCACCUCCUCUCGCGUGAUGGACGUCUCGUUGUGCGUGGCGACGCUGUGCCCGCAUUGCCAGAUUAUGGUCUACGACGAGGAGAUUAUGGCCGGGUGGAAGGUGGAAGACCAAAACAUGAACACCGAGUGCCCGUACUGCCGCGGCGACGACACCGACCACCAUGGCCUCUUCGCCCCGAUGCUGCACGUCAACUUUGCGUGGAAGAAGGACAGCCGGGUCAGCUGGUACCAGCCGGCGCUGCGGAAGCCGGACGCCGAUGCUUCUGCUGUGAAUGAAGAGGCCGAAGCCAGUGAACCGCCUGCCCCGCUCACCGUCGCCUUCGUGUCGCCCGUGGUGUUGCGCAGAGAGCUGGAGACGCUCGUGCACCAGGAUAUGCAGGCUCUAACGGACAAAUCCAUCAUGGAAACCCAUCCGGUCAUCUUCUGGAAUUUGGUGUACUUUUUGAAGCGGUUGGCCCUUCCGUCUCACUUCAUCUCCUGGCUUGGACCCAACGUACACGUGCGAUGUGUCUACGACCGGCCAAACUAUCACCCGGAUGCUCCUCCACUGUACAUUAGCAACCCCAGGAAUCAGCACCUGGUCACCAACAACUCUCACGGCUCGCGGGAGUCCUCGCGGCAACUCGUGACGACGGCCGUCGGCGAGAGCAACAUGUUCAAGGCGAUCCAGGCGCUCGUCAACGAGUCGCGGAACGUUCAGGACACCGUCGUCUCGCUCGGCACCCAUUUCCCGAUUUUUAGGGACAUCCAAUUCGCAUCUCUCGACGAAUUCGGCCGAGCCCUCAACCGAUGCAAUCUGGACGAGGCUUAUCAGCGGGAGUUCGAGCGGUUGCCCCCGAGGAUACAACCCCUCCUUCCGCUCCAGGACUUCCCACAGGCCGUCCUCAACCGCGCUUGCCGAAUGAUCUUCAUCCCUCUCGAUCUGUAU